UGGAAGGUGUUAUGGCGAAGUAGCUCCUCCGUCAACGGCGCGCCAGUAGUCGGGCGCUGUUCGAGCAGGAAAAUAUCGUUUACGUAAUAUGACCGGUCGUUCAUUAUCCUUUCCCGGUGCGGCAUGCAAAGCGCAAGGAGAGUUAGUGGCGGUCGGCGGCACUACGUGUACUCGGUGUAACUGAAGCGCAGGACUUACAAGAAUGCGCUCACUGUGCACGCAGGGCACAGCAUGAAGACGAGAUGGAUGCUGUUCUUUGCACUCAUCUAUCCCGUCUGGCAGUUUUGGAACCGGCUGCCGUUACUGCUGGAGCUGGGAACCUACUUCGGCUCCGGGUUCCUAGUGGUAAUGAUUAGCUUCGGUACGGCGCGAUACCUGUCGGCGAAACUUUUCAGGAGUCUGGUCGAUGGAGACGGCAAGGCUGUCCUAAUAACGGGCUGCGACACGGGUUUCGGAAACCUGCUCGCUAGGCGGCUAUCCCGCGAUGGUUUCCUCGUGUUCGCCGGUUGCCUGCAAUCGUCGAGCGAAGACGCCUGCGAACUGGCUAAGGAGCCUAACGUACGCGUUCUCCAAAUGGACGUCACCAAGGAAGAGGAGAUCGACAGCGCCCUUGAUGCUGUGAAGAGCUCUUUAGGAGAGAAAAAGCUCUGGGCCGUGGUGGCGAACGCUGGUGUAGCGAGCCACGGCCUUCUGGAGUGGGCGAGCAUGCCGUACAUCAAGAAAAUCUUUGACGUCAACGUGUUCGGUGUAGUCAGUGUUUCGAAGAAGUUCCUGCCUCUUCUGAGGAAAUCAAAGGGCCGUCUUGUAAUUAUGGGAAGUGUUCUCGGUCGAAGCACUGUUCCAACUGGCGUCGUCUAUUGUAUGAGCAAGCACGCCGUUAUAUCGCUAGCAGACGGACUACGCAGAGAAUGUUGUGACAAGGGUGUGUACGUCGCCACUGUUGAGCCAACAGCGUACAGGACGCGGAUCCUCUCUGACGUCGGUUCCAUGGAAAAUACCCGCAAGCAACUGAGCAUCUUGCCCCGCGAGACUCUUGACGAUUUCAGCGAGGAGGAAAUCGCCGAUUGGAUGAAAGCUGCGUCGGCGAUCGCCGAUCUCACAAGGCGCGACGACAUCAACGAGGUGGUCGACCAGAUGGUACUCGCCGUCCGGGAGGCCCAACCGAAGCCUAACUACGCAGCAUGGGGCAUCUGGGAACCCGUCUUCUACUUAGUCUGCCGGGAGGCACCGGCUGAGCUCAUCGACUUCCUACUUGUGGUGUUCCGCCGGGUUAACAGAGCCGGUUUGAUAGAUGGAACUUGGAGGUUGUCCCGCCUAUGGACCUAGUACAACUUAUUGAAAAAUUCACGAAGUCUAUUACGCGUGGACUUCCGGUAACUCGGACCAAGAGCCACCUUCCUUUCAUUCUCGGUCAAUUAAUCAAUCUAUACAAUUUCCUCCACCGAAAAAAUUCUGCACCCAACAUGUUUGCACACUGUCUGAGGCAUUGCAGGCAUGGGAAGCUUUCCACGCGUAUACCUGGGUAUGGCAGUAUCUUCGGUACCGGACCACCUCUGACCAAGCGAUGACGGCAUAUGAUCACGUCAUCAUGUGACGUCCCGUUGUGUAGCAUCAUAAUGUCUCGAUUGUUAUGCAUCAUUCGUGUUAAACUGAUGGCCACAUUUGGCGUCUUACAUGGCACCCUAUAUGGGCUCUCGUCUUAAUAUCCUAGUUUAUGGAAAUACAAUUGAGAGGUAGAUUAGGCCCGCUAAGCAGAGUAAGGAGGUGUGAAGGAACACUUGGGAGACGAGUUGGGCGAUGGUAAGCUUCUUGUUUCGUUGUUACUUUUCACUUGGCUGUUUCGAAUGGCGCAACUGAAGUUAAACCCCAGCGGUCAAAUGCGGCCAUGGUUACAUUUCAAGUUGGUAUUUCAGGAAGGCUAUGGCAUGUACAAGACAUGCCUAAUGUACCAUACCAUCUGUUGGCAUUCUGAUACCACCUGUUGUCAUUCUGAUGUGGUAGGCAUCGGCAAACUGUGCGCUGUUUGGUGACUUCGCGUUUCGAUUAAUUCUCCUGCCAUGUCCUACUGAAGCCUCGUCGUUUUUGUUGAUGUCUCAGAAAUAUGGAUAAGCGGGGUAAAAAUGACUUCGCUCUAAAAAUCA